AUGGCGUUGGCCGGCGCAAAUACGUUCUCUGUCUUGUGCUACAAUGUGGCAGGACUACCAGCUCUCCUCUCCAGUGGCGACCCGGCGGACAACAGCGUGGAAAUGGGCAAGCGCAUCAGCGACUGGGAUAUUGUCAAUGUUCAAGAAGAUUUCAACUAUCAUGCCUAUCUGUACAAGGAGAACACCCAAAAGUACCGUACGGCCACGAGUGGUGGUGUUCCUUUCGGUAGCGGCCUCAACACGCUCUCGAAUCUUCCCUUCAGCACUUUGGGCCUCGAGCGUACGAAAUGGAGCGAAUGCAGCAACGACGAGAGCGCUGAUUGCAUGACGCCCAAGGGAUUCACGAUGCAAGCUGUUAAAUUGGCCAGCGGCGUCUUUAUUGACGUGUAUAACCUUCACGCAGACGCUGGUGUAUCGAUGAAUGACCAAAAGGCCCGAGCCUCCAACCUGAAACAGUUGGGCGACUACAUUUCCGAAAACUCAGCAGGAAACGCUGUCAUUGUCAUGGGUGAUACCAACACGCGCUACACGCGUAAGCUCGACACGAUCGCUGAGUUUGUAGCUGAGCAAAACAUGACCGAUGGCUGGAUUGAAUAUGUCCGCAAGGGUAAGCUUCCAAAAAAGGGUGCCGAGGCCAUCAAGUGCGAGACGGCGAACAUGGCGAACAAGUGUGAGGUCGUGGACAAGAUCCUGUACCGUAGUGGUAAAUACGUCACACUGAAGCUGGACACGUGGAACAACGAGAACAAGGCUUUCCUCGACAAGAGUGGGAAGGCACUGUCAGACCACCCACCUAUUUCCUCAACGUUCUCGUGGUCGGCCAACCCUGAUUUUAGCCUUAGCAAUGCCUACGGUGGUCCGCACGGCACCUACUUCACCGAUCUUGGGCUGGUUGAGCCGGGACAAACGGUGAGCUCAAUUAUAAUUCGUGGUGAUCGCCGUGUUGAUUCCGUGAAGCUCGACGUUUCGGAUCCAACUGAAAGUACUCUUUCCCACGGUGGCACUGGCGGCACGGCGAAGAAGCUGUUUUUGCAGGCGGGCGAGUACAUCACGUCCAUGGAGAUUCAUUGGGGCAAGAAGGACGGGCACACGUGCAUCUUCUACCUCAAGCUGGGGACAAGCAAGCGCCGAUCGAUUGCUCACGGUACGAUUACAGGUGACAGUGCCGACGUGCAAGCGCCCAAAGGUUUCCAGCUCAAUGGCUUCUACGGUCGUGCAAGUGAAGACGGAAUCGCUGGACUUGGUGCCAUCUUUACGAAAUUGUCAGGUGAUGAGUCUCAAACACAAAUCCAGACCGAACAAAAGUCACUAGAUGGAAGCGAAAUGCAGCAAUAG